CCUUCCCCACUAUAAACUUAAAAAUAAAAGGCACAAACUCGAAUCUUCAUCAGCUUCAAUGGCAUUGGCAACAGUCUCUUUCACGAGCCACAGUGAAGCUGGGUUGCUCUCCCUCUCUCUAGUUUUCUAGUUCUCUCACAGGGGCCUAAGUUCAGGUUUAAUUUUUCUGGGUCUUGAUGCAUGCAGAAAUCUGAUACUCUAAAUGUGUUAGUCUGGAAAAAGCUGAGAUAUAGACAAAAUUGAAGCAUAUUGGAGCUUUUGGGUCGUUAGUGUUGUGAAUUGUACUUGCAAUCUCAAUGAUCAUGGACCAAUCUUGGAGUGGAUUUUAUGAUUCUAGUAAUGAGUUGUUGGAAUUGAGGAAUGAAACUCUCUCAGCCUUAUCAAUCAGAAUCUAGUUACUGGAAUCUGGAACAGUAGUUAAUUUCUUGAUCAAAACUGUGCAAGUACCCUCCUUGUGCCUCCCCGUCCAAUUUCUAGUAAUUUGGCCCCAGCCUUGAGCAUGUACCCGGAUGAAGAUUCACCCGAGGAAUCUGAUUUUAGUGACGUAGUUCUCGAGUACAUUAGCCAAAUGCUUAUGGAAGAAGAUAUGGAAGAAAAAAUUGAAAUGUAUCAGGAGUCUGCAGCACUUCACGCUGCAGAGCAAUCAUAUUAUGAGCUUCUUCAAGAGAAUUCUUCUUCUCCUCCUUGCGACCUGAUUCAUUAUGCUGAUCACAACCAUGAAAGUCAUCCGUUGCAUUGCAGUUAUAACAGUACUACCUCUGGCAGUGCCAGAAGCAUUAGGGAUUGUGAUUUGCUCGAAUAUAAGUCCCUGCAUGUUGCCUCUCAGUCCACUUCUCUACCAUUCCAUGCACCAUCAAAUGAAACUGGUAAUGUUGUAGAUGGGUUUGCGGAUUCCCCGUUGAGCAUUCUUAGAGAUCCUGAAUUUUCUAAUGAGACUCAGUUGGUUAUGCAAUUUAAAAGAGGCUUUGAAGAAGCGAGUAGGUUUCUUCCAAAUGCUAAUAGUCUGAAUGUUGAUUUUGAAAGUAACACGUUGUCACGUAAAGAGGGCAAGGCAGAGGCUAUAGGUAUGGUAGUUAAGGUAGAUAAGAAGAAUGAGUACUCUUCUGAUGGGUCAAGGGGAAAGAAGAAUCCUUAUCAUGAGGAUGUGAGUUUAGAAGGGGGGGAGAGUAACAAGCAAUCAGCAGUUUACACUGAAUCAACAGUGAGUUCGGAAAUGUUUGACAGGCAUUUGCUAAACUGUGGACAAGGAGAAUCUGCUCUCCGUGAAACUUUGCAGAAUCGGACAAUCAAGAUUGUACAACAGAAUGGUCAAUCAAAGGGGUCAAGUGGUGGAAAAGCCCGCGGAAAGAGGCAGGGAAGUAAAAAGGAUGUGGUGGAUUUGAGAACUCUUCUAACGCUUUGUGCACAAGCUGUUGCAGCUAAUGAUGAGAGGACUGGCAAUGAGUUACUUAAGCAGAUCAGACAGCAUUCUUCUCCUAUGGGAGAUGCGAUGCAGAGACUAGCUCACUAUUUUGCUGAUGGUCUUGAGGCACGAAUGGCUGGAUAUGGUACUCCGAUUUGCAGAGACCUUAUAACCAAGCCAGCAUUAGCUGCAGAUGUCUUGAAGGCUUACCAUCUUUAUCUUGACGCAUGUCCAUUUAAGAAGCUAUCAAAUUUCUUCUCAAAUAAGACAAUAAUGAAUGUAGCUGAGAAAGCAACAAGGCUCCACAUAAUUGAUUUUGGUAUCCAUUAUGGUUUUCAAUGGCCUAGCCUCAUACAAAAUCUCUCUUCUAGGCCCGGUGGACCUCCAAAGCUUCGGAUUACUGGGAUUGAUCUUCCACAGCCAGGUUUCCGACCUGCAGAAAUGGUUGAGGAGACUGGACAGCGCUUAGCAAACUAUGCAGAAACUUAUAAAGUUCCAUUUGAAUUCAAUGCAAUAGCACAAACGUGGGACACCAUUCAAAUUGAGGAUCUCAAAAUUGAUCGUGAUGAGGUGCUUGUUGUAAAUUCUGUGCACAGAUUAAGAAGACUACUUGAUGAGACUGUGAUGGUAGAAAGUCCGAAAGAUAUGGUUUUAAAACUGAUCAGGAAGAUCAAUCCAGAUGUCUUCACGCUGGCGAUUGUUAACGGAUCCUACAGUGCACCGUUCUUUCUCACAAGAUUCCGGGAGGCUCUCUUCCACUUUUCUACAAUGUUCGAUAUGCUUGAGACAAAUGUCCCCCAUGAUGCUCCAGAGAGGAUGCUUAUUGAGAGGGAGAUAUUUGGUCGGCAGGCAAUGAAUGUCAUUGCGUGCGAGGGUUCAGAAAGGAUCGAGAGACCAGAGACAUACAAGCAGUGGCAGGUGAGGAAUCUGAGGGCUGGGUUUACACAACUUCCUUUGAAUCAGGAGAUUGUGAAGAUAGCAAAGGACAAGCUGCAUUCAUGCUACCAUAAAGAUUUUGUAAUGGAUGAAGACAGCCAGUGGCUGCUGCUUGGAUGGAAAGGUCGCAUUGGCUAUGCUCUUUCUUCUUGGAGGGCUGCUUGUUAGAGUUGUUAUUAGAUUGUCUCUGAUGUGCAUAAUUUGUUGUUGUUAAUUAAGGUAAUGGAUUAAUUAAA